GUAGAAAUUAUCUCCUUUCCCUACAAGAGAUUGCAGCCUGCCACGCGCCUAGUCUUGGCUCGUUCAAUAUAAUCAUCGAGGGCGCUGUCCAGUGGAUCUAGCGAAAGCGUUCGGGAUACGUUACAUACGCUGUGCAGCUCUUGUUAUUGACACCAUCUUUUGGACUGCAGUUAGUCUCGGUGUCCGCGGGAAACUGAUUUUCUAAUAACACCGUGCGUGUAGAAUCCGAGAAUGACGGACUCUGAGGACGGCACGAAUGCCUUCAGCAAAUCAUUGCCAAGAGCAUGUGACAACUGCAGGGUCCGAAAAGUCCGCUGUGACAAAACCGCACCAUGUUCGAACUGUCGGACUGCUGGAGUCACAUGCAAGAUCACUAGUCGCCAAAAUGACAUUACGAAGCCGAGAUCUAGAGUGCUCAUCUCCAAUCAGUAUGAACAGAAAAUCGAUCGUCUAGAACAGCGCCUUGAAGGAAUUGAGAAGCUAUUACAGACGUUGGUAUCGACAGCGAAGAGUCCUCCACAGUACACACCGUCUGGACAAUCUUCCACAACUUUCACACCUGCAGCAUGCACGUCUACAUCAGUUCCUAUACCGGUUCCUACACCUCAGGUUGAACAGUUCGAGGGAGAGUCUUCACUGGUAGCACAUUCAAGACAAGCUCAUGAAGCCCUACAACGCCUGCUGGAAGCCGCACCAACGACUAUCCGGAAUGAUCCUAAUACAGUCAAUGCACUUGCUGGUCUGCGUAAUGUGUUAGAGAAGCAUCGUUCUGAACCGCGUAGUCUCAACUUGUUGGCUCGAGCUGGGUCACUGGACGAACUCCAGUAUUCCGAUUUACCUCCACAAGAGGAAGUGAUGAAACUUCUAGCUUGUGUAGAAGCGGACGAGCUGAGCGACAUGUUCACAUGGUGGCUCUUUGAUGACAUACGGGACUUUUACGAGAUGUAUGACGAAUUUUGCCAAUCGCCAUCAGGCUGCCCGCUUGCGAUACAGGUCAUAGUAUAUUGUGCGCUGUGCUGGCUCAUGGCAGGCAAUCCGAUCACGCAAAGAGCUGGAUUGGAUACCUCUAAAUACUCUGGAUACACGCCGGUCUUGGAAAGACACUUGGAAGUCUGUAUCUCGUCAUACAACCUCUUUGUGGAGCCCACAGAUCUCAACAUAGCGGCUCUCUCUACAGCCGGAACAUACGCCAUCUACGCUGCCGAUGUAAACGCAGCCUGGAUUCUCACCAGCACUGCCGCACGACUCUGUCAAUCCAUGGGGUACCAUCGUCUAAUGCCUCCUAAAAGCGGUGGGACUGAAGUGUACGAGAAGCGCGUGAUCUUAUUCUGGGGAGUGUAUUUUGUCGAUAAAUCCCUGUCGCUCCGCCUCGGUCGGGCAUCUUCUUUGCAAGACUACGAUUUCUCGACGUCGUGGCGAGACAUUGUCAAAAUCUGGCAGAGCCCGGGUAAUGCUAAGGCUAAGGCUGGUCACAGACUUGCGAAGAUGACCGAAUGGCUGGAGCUUUCGCUCGAGAUGGCUACGAUACAGGGAAUUAUAUACGACAAGCUGUAUUCUCCAGGGAGCAUCAAAAAUUUGUCAGAAAGACAGAAACUAGGACAAGAACUUGUAGUCAAGAUACACGAGAUUCUAGUGCUGAACAUGAAGUGUUUUACAGAAUCAGGCUGGCUGUAUGAGUACACUGAUUACUACAAAGAGUGUGGUGACGUUAUCCUCUACAGUUUACUCACACUUGUAUAUCGAGCUAUGCCCGAGAUUUCAAACACGCAGCAGUGGUCUCUGCAAGCGGCACGCUCAACUAUGCAGGUCCACCAUAGCUGCGCUAGGAAGGCUGAGGCCAUGGGCUCGGGUAUUAAAGUCGAGUAUCUGACAUGGUCAGUCAUGCUCUGUCCCUUCACACCAUUCAUCGUCCUCUUCCGCAAUGUCGUCACAGAGCUCAACCUCGACGACCUAAAACUCCUCGAAGAUUUCGUCGCAUCCAUCGAAUGGCUAAACGACUCAAAUCAGCGCGAAUCUCUGCAACGAUUCCACCAACUCUGCCACGCCUUCUACAAUCUCGCCAAACACUUUGUGGCCGCUCGACUGCGUGCAGAUUAUGAGCAUCAAGCCAUGACUAGCGCGGGUCAAACACUUGUAAUGAGUACGAUGCAGCAACCGCCUACUUUUGAGGAGUCGUUGGAGGAUAUGACUAUUCCCGAAGAUUUCCAGACUUGGAUGGAUACGCAUAUGGAUUUUAUGAACAAUGACUGGCUUGCUUUUGGAACGCUCUGAUGUCUCACGAUAUAGUCGAUGAGCAGGAUAUCCUAUAUAUUUUGUAUCGCGCAGUAGCAUCAUUUGAAAAUUCCAACUACACUCAUCUUCGAUG